GGUAUUUUUACCUGAGAAGGAAGUUACUUAAAAAAAAGAAACCAGAGACCAGCAGAAAAAUACUAAAUGGCACUGUGUGACUACGGAGAAUCUGUUAAUGAGAAACUGGAAAUCUAAAGCCUUCAAAUAUGGAGAAUACAUUUGUGAAAUCUCGUGCAAGAUUCCUAGAGGAUCACUCCUCCCAAGAAACUUUGCCUUUCACGUAUAUAAAAAGCAGCAGUACUCGGUCAAAUAAUUCCAGAACCAGUUCCAGUUUGCCAUUUAAUUCUGUUAUAUCUGAGUUAGAAAGAAAAGGAAGAGUUCCUCCUCCUGUUUUAACGAAACCUGCAAUACCACAGAUACUGAGACAACAGAAAGUGCAACCCAGUCAAACAAAUGGAAUUAUUCAUUGUGUAAAUCCCAGUAACUCUCCAGAAGCACCAAACGAAUUGUCUGAUCUCAACGAUAAGUGCAAGGUGGACUCCAUGAAGUGCAAGAAAAUAUUUAAGCAAACUAUUACUAUUACAGAUGAGGAUGUGAAAUAUGAAAAUAUGAAGCAAAGUUUUCGCCGUCUUCCAGAUCCAACUUGUCCUCCAGUUCCACCUUCCACAACUCAGGCAGCCAGAAGUUCUCCAAAGGUGCAAAAUGAAGGGGAAGUUAAACACAGUUUUCACCCUCUCCAAAAUUCAAAUUCAACUGCAACAUCAUCUUAUCCAUCUUGGACAAAGGGAAGUUCUCCAGAGGCACGAAAGCAUUCGUCUUCGAAUGCCACCAGAAAACCUGAAAUUAUGAGGAAACCACAGAUUCAGGCAGGAGUAGCAGUUUUACCACCUUCUCCUCCUCAAGCAGCAAUCCCAGAAAGCACAAGUGCAACAAACCCAGAAAGCACCUAUGAAACUGCUGAUUUAAACAUGGCAAAAGAAUGGGAACAAGUUCUAGUCAGAAACAAUGAUACCAGCUGUAACAAGUGCUCCUUCUAUAGCGAUAAUUCCCUGUCGGCACAAAGCAAGAAGUCCGUUAUAGCAGAUGAGAGUUCUGAACAGGAUGAAUUACCAGAAAUGCAAGUUAUAAAGCCAGGUAGACGACAGAAGAAAAUCAAUGCUGGUUUACGAGAUGCUCCCAAACUUAAAUCUCUUCCAACCAUUGAUUCUCUGAAACCACCAAAGAAACCUCCGAAACCGCCAAUUGUUGAUCUAAGUCGAUUUUUAUAUCUUCACGGGAACAACAGCAUACAGUUUACAGGAUCACCAGAAGUAGAAAAAGCUGCCGCUGUUUUAAGUACUGCAACUUAUGAGGAUUCUAUAAGCCUUUCAGAGGAGUCGGCACAUGAUGAUACAGUAGAUCAAGAAUUACCUGGAACCAGAACACGUGACUAUAUUGCUAGUACUAACGGGAGCGAAUUUUAUCAGGAUAUACUGCCAGUUUCACCAUAUUCUGAUAAUGUAUUUGACGACAACCCAGAUUCUGGCUUUGAUUCACCAGAGGCAGUAAUUAAAAUGUAUACGAAUCAUUGGGAUGAACAGCAAUACAGGUGUGAUGAAGUAGAAUAUGUUAACUGUACAGAUGCAUUGAAAAAGAAACCAAAACUUAAAGAUGGAAAAAUUGACAAAAAGCAACUCGAUUUUAGAAAAAAAUAUAAGAUUUCUGGGUUGGAAAACGUACUGUACAGUACAAGCGUUAACGAGGACUGCAAAGGUGGGAAAGAGAUGCUUUCUCUGAAGAAAGGAGAUACUAUUGCAAUUAUUCAAAUCAUGAAUUGUCCUAUGGGGCAAUGGCUAGCAAAAAACGAGGAAGGAAACUAUGGAUUUAUUCCUGUUUCUUCAGUCAACAGUCAAGAGUAUUUGAUCUAUAUCAACAAGUCUUUACAAGAUAGUCAAUACGAUGAUGUUGGUCAUUCAAGGGAACUCGGGACAUCCUUGGGUGCAUCUUCCACUUCAGAUGGGUAUGCGGAUAUGUCAUUAGACGUCUGUGAUGUCGCCAGCAUUAAAUCAACUGGCUCUGGAGGAAAACGUAAAGUACUGCCACGGUUUUUCAAGAAGGAUAAAGAGAAAUCAAAAGAAACAAAUCCUAGAGAGAGUACAGGCAAAAGAACAUCUUCAUCAACAGAUUCAUAUAUCGAGUUUCCCAAUGACAAUGAUUUUUAUGCUACAACAAUCACUGAAGAUGACAAAAAUGGUGCGAAGCAAGAGAAGACAAAGAAACUUUCCAAACAAGAGAGAGAAUUCCGUGUAAAGUUUAAGUACACCAAAGACAUUGCUGUUGUCAACAUUGCUGUUGUCACUGAAUCAGCGCCUCGUUCAGCAAAAACUAAAUUUGACUUAUCUGUAAAGCCUGGGGAAGAACUUGAGGUUAUAGACAUUACAGAUGAAAAUAAGGUUAUCUGUCGAAAUGCUGCUGGAAAAUAUGGACAUGUUGCAAUUGAACGCCUUAAUUUUACGUACAAUGUAUUCAGCUAGAGAUUCACUAAGGGGCAAGGACAGAAGAAAAGACUGAACAUUGUUCAUGGUUUGUAGAAGAGCAGAUGCGUUUGCUGUGUCAACCUCUGCAAAUGCAUUUUCUUCUGAAUAAUAAAUCUUAUACCUGACACUUCCUAUUUACAUUCAGCACCAAAGAGUUCACACAAGCAGAAUUUAGCCCUUUUUGAACAUUGAUCACACAACACAUCCAUAUGGAGUCUUUUUGGUUCACUAUUUAGAUAAAGUGUGUCUUAUGUUUUGAUUAGUGUGUCUUAUGUUUUGAUUUGUAUCUCGAUUGUCGUUUACGGGUCCAAUAAACACGUAAACCACAAAACGAACAGAGUUGAAAAUGCAUUUCUGCUUAUUUUCUUUUUAUUAGUCUUUCUACCUCUUCCUGUAAUCAGCUGUUAGUUUAAAUAGAACUUAUGAGAUUUAUAAAAAAAAACAUUGCCUCUGUCUCCCCUUUUGUUCAGUCUGUCUGUGGCUUACAGAUAAAGAGGAGUACAUUAUGCAGGUUCAUUUGUGAAGUAGAAAUUUGACGAACAACUUACUUCUCCUUUACUUCCCAUAAUUGUGCUAAUAAUGAACCAAGAAGCUGGACAAUGACAUUACUUUUAAUAUCAUAAGUUGCCUUUUUUGCAAUAAAUAAAUGUGUGUAGUAGAUCUCA